ACUGUUGUGAACAUUACGUCGACUAAGCAUUGAUUGAAUGACCAAAUAUGCAAAAGACAUCUCCUUUUGGAUCAGAUGUGAGACAAUCGGAUGAAGACUCGGAUGAGAAGGAGAACCGACACAACAGACACGUGACCAACGCUUCCAGUCCUCGCGUUUCGGACAAUGAGUUACGAAAUGCCGUCAAAUGUGUUGUCAAUUGUGAGGACACGAAGAAGUCGUCGGAAAACACAAACAUUUUAAACACGAAUUACGAGAAGAAGUCACUAAACAAUGACUUAAAUAAUGACACAAAUUGUCUUCACAUGACUAAUAAGACCACUAAAAACCAGUCCAAUGGCAAAGAAGUGCCUUUCCGGUUUAGUUCACUCUUUGAUUACCUGAGGAGUGAAUUGCGGAGGAAUUAUGUCCUCGAAAACGAUGAACAGAGAUAUACCGAAAGAAGAGAGAAGUUUUAUAUAUUCCUCAAAAUUCCCUUACAAUUGGAAAAAUUCUUGUGCUACGGAUUCUUCCAGUGUGUCGACGCCUUUCUUGUCACUAAACAAUGA